CCCUCCGCCCCCUCGCGCCCCGAGGCCAGGCCUGCCCGACCCUCGCAGGAUUGAGGAUGGCUCGCCCGUGGAGGCAGGCGCCCUGUCGGGUCCGGGCGGAGGAGAGGAUUUGUUGAGGUCGAAGUCGGAGUGAAGGAAGGCACCGAAGCGAAACUUGAAACGGAAUCCCACGCUCCCCCGAGCCGCCAGCGAUGAGACCCGGGCUGCCCGGCGCCCCCGCCGCCUCCGGCCCCGCUCCGCCCUCCCCGGCGGCCGGACACUUGUUCUGAUCCUCGGUGCCUCGGGAUCGAGUCCCCGCCUGCCCGCGCUCUCGCUCGCUCGCUUUCUCCACCUUCUUCUCUGCACCCUUGGAUAUGUUUUCACCCAGACCUGGCUAUUUUUUUGAUAUCGUGAAACUACGAGGGAAGUAAUAAGCGGGCAAGGGAUUUCUUCCGAGCUCCUGCCUUCUCCUCACAGACAUGCCUUCAGUUUGGGGGGCCGAAGCACCCGGUCGUAGGCGAGUGAAGCCCCCCAGCCACGAGGGAGCGAGAUGAAGCGACGUUCUGCCGCGGAAUGCGAGCUCUGCAGCUAGGUCCCCUCCUCUGCCAUUUGUCCUUUCAGACUGCAUUGUGAUACGGGCAGGAGAAGUCAGACGAGAGGGGAGACCAGCCUCCUGGCCGCCUUUUCUGCGCCCGUGUUUACUUUCCAUAUUGCUUUGCUGCUGCUCGGCCGGCCCCAGGGAUGACUUCCUCGCUGCCGCCGCCCCGCCGGCUGCCCUGGCUGCUCUGGGCCGUCCUGCUGGUCAGCACCGCGGCCGCUUCCCAGAAUCAAGAGCGGCUGUGUGCAUUCAAAGAUCCAUAUCAACAAGACCUUGGGAUAGGCGAGAGUCGAAUCUCUCACGAAAAUGGGACAAUAUUGUGCUCAAAAGGUAGCACAUGUUAUGGCCUGUGGGAGAAAUCAAAAGGGGACAUAAAUCUUGUAAAACAAGGAUGUUGGUCUCACAUUGGCGAUCCCCAAGAGUGUCACUAUGAAGAAUGCGUAGUAACUACCACCCCUCCCUCGAUUCAGAAUGGAACGUACCGUUUUUGCUGCUGUAGCACAGAUUUAUGUAAUGUCAACUUUACGGAGAAUUUUCCACCUCCUGAUACAACACCACUCAGUCCACCUCAUUCAUUUAACCGAGAUGAGACAAUAAUCAUUGCUUUGGCAUCAGUCUCUGUGUUAGCUGUUUUAAUAGUUGCCUUAUGUUUCGGAUACAGAAUGUUGACAGGAGACCGUAAACAAGGUCUUCACAGUAUGAACAUGAUGGAGGCAGCAGCAUCAGAGCCCUCUCUUGACUUAGAUAAUCUGAAGCUGUUAGAGUUGAUUGGACGGGGUCGAUAUGGAGCAGUAUAUAAAGGUUCCUUGGAUGAGCAUCCAGUUGCUGUAAAAGUGUUUUCUUUUGCAAACCGUCAGAAUUUUAUAAAUGAAAAAAACAUUUACAGAGUGCCUUUGAUGGAACAUGACAACAUUGCUCGCUUUAUAGUUGGGGACGAGAGACUCACUGCAGAUGGACGCAUGGAAUAUUUGCUUGUGAUGGAAUAUUAUCCCAAUGGAUCUCUGUGCAAAUAUUUGAGUCUUCAUACAAGUGAUUGGGUAAGCUCUUGCCGUCUGGCUCAUUCUGUGACUAGAGGCCUGGCUUAUCUUCACACUGAAUUACCACGAGGAGAUCAUUAUAAACCUGCAAUUUCCCAUCGAGAUUUAAACAGCAGAAACGUCUUGGUAAAAAAUGAUGGAACCUGUGUGAUUAGUGACUUUGGGUUGUCUAUGAGGCUGACUGGAAAUAGGCUGGUGCGCCCAGGGGAAGAAGAUAAUGCAGCCAUAAGUGAGGUUGGAACAAUUAGAUAUAUGGCACCAGAAGUGCUAGAAGGAGCUGUGAACUUGAGGGACUGUGAAUCAGCUUUGAAACAAGUAGACAUGUAUGCACUUGGACUAAUCUACUGGGAGAUAUUUAUGAGAUGUACAGACCUUUUCCCAGGUGAAUCUGUACCAGAAUACCAGAUGGCUUUUCAGACAGAAGUUGGAAAUCAUCCUACUUUUGAGGAUAUGCAGGUUCUUGUGUCUAGGGAAAAACAGAGACCCAAGUUCCCAGAAGCCUGGAAAGAAAAUAGCCUGGCAGUGAGGUCACUCAAGGAGACAAUCGAAGAUUGUUGGGAUCAGGAUGCAGAGGCCCGGCUUACUGCCCAGUGUGCUGAGGAGAGGAUGGCUGAGCUUAUGAUGAUAUGGGAAAGAAACAAAUCUGUGAGCCCAACCGUCAAUCCAAUGUCUACUGCUAUGCAGAAUGAGCGCAACCUGUCACAUAAUAGGCGUGGGCCAAAAAUUGGCCCGUAUCCAGAUUAUUCAUCUUCCUCCUACAUUGAAGAUUCCAUCCAUCAUACUGACAGCAUUGUGAAGAAUAUUCCCUCUGAGCAUUCAAUGUCCAGCACACCUUUGGCUGUAGGAGAAAAGAACCGAAACUCAAUUAAUUAUGAACGACAGCAAGCACAAGCUCGAAUCCCCAGCCCGGAAACAAGCGUCACCAGCCUGUCUGCAAACACAACUACCACAAACACCACUGGCCUCACUCCAAGUACUGGCAUGACCACUAUAUCUGAGUUGCCAUACCCAGAUGAAACAAAUUUACAUGCCACAAAUGCUGCACAUUCAAUUGGGCCAACCCCUGUCUGCUUACAGCUGACCGAAGAAGACUUGGAGACCAACAAGCUAGACCCAAAAGAAGUUGACAAGAACCUCAAGGAAAGCUCUGAUGAGAAUCUCAUGGAGCACUCUCUUAAACAGUUCAGUGGACCAGACCCACUGAGCAGUACCAGUUCUAGCUUGCUCUACCCACUCAUAAAGCUUGCAGUAGAAGUGACUGGACAGCAGGACUUCACACAAGCUGCAAAUGGCCAGGCAUGUUUAAUUCCUGAUGUUCCACCUGCUCAAAUCUAUCCUCUCCCUAAGCAGCAGAAUCUUCCUAAGAGACCUACUAGUUUGCCUUUGAACACCAAAAAUUCCACCAAGGAACCCCGGCUAAAAUUUGGCAGCAAGCACAAAUCAAACUUGAAACAAGUCGAAACUGGAGUUGCCAAGAUGAAUACAAUCAAUGCAGCAGAACCUCAUGUAGUGACAGUAACCAUGAAUGGUGUGGCAGGUAGAAACCACAGUGUUAACUCCCACGCCUCCACAACACAGUAUGUCAAUGGAGUAGUACCAUCCAGCCAGACAGCCAGCAUAGUGGCACACAGGGCCCAAGAGAUGUUGCAGAAUCAAUUUAUUGGUGAGGACACCCGACUGAAUAUUAAUUCCAGCCCUGAUGAGCAUGAACCUUUACUGAGACGAGAGCAACAAGCUGGCCACGAUGAAGGUGUUCUGGAUCGUCUAGUAGACAGGAGGGAACGGCCACUAGAAGGUGGCCGAACUAAUUCUAAUAACAACAACAGCAAUCCAUGUUCAGAACAAGAUCUUCUUACACAGGGUGUUGCAAGCACAGUAGCAGAUCCUGGGCCGUCAAAGCCCAGAAGAGCACAGAGACCAAAUUCUCUGGAUCUGUCAGCCACAAAUCUCCUGGAUGGCAGUACACAGAUAGGUGAGUCAAUACAAGACGGCAAAUCAGGAUCAGGUGAAAAGAUCAAGAAACGUGUGAAAACUCCAUACUCUCUGAAGCGGUGGCGCCCUUCCACCUGGGUCAUCUCCACUGAGCCACUGGACUGUGAGGUCAACAACAACGGCAGCGAGAGGGCAGUUCAUUCCAAAUCCAGCACCGCUGUCUACCUUGCAGAAGGAGGCACCGCCACCACCAUGGUGUCUAAAGAUAGAGGAAUGAACUGUCUGUGAGGUGUGCGCAAGUUUAUGGAGUGAAAUUAUUUUUUGCAUCAUUUAAACAUGCAGAAAGACAUUUAAAACAAAACAAAAACCAGAAAACUGCUUUAUCCUCCUGUCAGCACCCCUUCCCAUCCCUGCAACAAGGACUUGCUUUAAAUAGAUUUCAGCUAUGCAGAAAAUUUUAGCUUAUGCUUCCAUAUUUUUUAAUUUUGUUUUUUAAGUUUUGCACUUUUGUUUAGUCUUGCUAAAGUUAUAUUUGUUAUGACCACAGAAUUAUAUGUGUGUGUAUCAAAAGUGGUCUCAAAAUAUUUUUUUAAGAAAAAAAGCAAAAACAGUGUAUUGCUGAUAAUCAGUUUGGACCAUUUUCUAAAGGUCAUUAAAACAGAAGCAAAUUAAGACAGGUUCGACUACAGUGGUGUCUGGUAUCCAUGUUUUGUUUCUGGGCACAAGCUAGUUUAUGUGUUGAUAUGUUCUUAAACGUACUAUCUGUUGGACAUUCUUUUCUCUUGUAUUUUGUUUGAAUGUGCAAUAGUCUGUAGACCACAAACCAGCUUUCUUAUUGGUCUUUCUAGCAGGGCACACAUUCUUCCAUAAUAUGAACAUUUUCCCCCAUUCUUCCAUCAUAUGAACAUGUUCUUGCUUUCUCCUUAUGGAGAAUGUAUAAAUAUUGUCCAAAGGGCUCUAAAAAAGGAACUACCAAAACCUUUUUUGAAAUGCCAUUUCUUUUAUCCUUCCAAAUCCUAAAUGUUCCUUCCAGGCAUUUUGAUGAACAUACCUGGUUCUGGUUUUGGGAGUUCAUAAGAGAGCGUAGAACAAAAUAAAUGAAAUACUAGCCUUUUUCCAUUUUAUUUUUCUAUGUAUGUCCAUGUUCCAUAUUCAUUUAUUUAAGAAAUACAUUUUUAUCAGAAAGUUUAUAGAGCUAAGCUUACAUGGAAUUUUUAAGUAAGUAGAUGAGUAAGACAAUAUAGUGUUAUAACUUUCAUUCUCUGAAUAGGACAUCACAGAUAAAAUUACAUUUCCUAUUAAUAAUAACUUCAAAAGUACUCUUAAAGUUUUAAACUUAUAGUACCUUUUAUUCUGUUCCCCAGUGAAGCCUGAUGACUUUAUCUGAAAAUGAUUCCUCUUCCCAUGACCUAAAGCACUGUGGAAACUGGCAUGCCAAAUCCCUGUGGAAGGAAGGAUUGCUGCCAAACUUAGAAAACUCUUGCGCAGACUGAAAUUUACCCUUUUUCUUUUCAAAACUGUUUGUUUUCUCCUCUUGUUUUUAUAAUUUCUCUUUUUGCCAGUUUUUCACAUGAUCUUUGAUCUAUAAACAGCAUCUGUUAUUUAUAUUGUAGUGUGUCUUCCAGUGAUAGCAUGCCCUUGAAAUCAUAUUGGUAAGGAUUCCUUUGCUUCUUUCCUUACUAAUAAUGUAAAACAACAACCUCUGCAUCUUCUAAUAAAGCACUUUCUGUCAAAUAAGGGAAUUUUCUAAAGAAAUUAUUUCUAUCUCAUUUUUUUUUAGAUUCUCAGAGUACUUAAUAUACAUUCAGUUCUAAGAUUUUUUUGGGAGGUGAUAAAGUUAAGAGGAAAAUACAAAUUCCUGAAUUUCUGGUUUAAGUUCUUGUCCCCUGAGCAGUAUUUUCUCAUCUGUAGUCCUCCACCUUCAUCAUUUAAUUAAAGACAUCCUAAAUUUCCCAAUUUGCUAUCCAAAAUACUUGUGACUUACUUGUAUAUAAGCCUUUUCUUACUUGCCAUUUGCUGUGAAUCGUAUGAAAUGCUACAUUUAUCAUUUAUCCAACUGGGUUGCUGACCAGUUCUCAGUGAUGUGUUAAGAUUUGACUAGUGCACAGGACUCAUGCUUUUUAUGUUCUAUCAACCCUUCUCUUGAUUCAGACUCUUUUAAUAUUGUUUUCGUUGUCUAGAAUGUAAUUUUUUCAUUUGGUCAUUAUCUUUUAUCUAUAAAACAAAUUAUUUGUAUCUUUCCUGGUAAAUUUUGACUUAUUUCUCUGUCUAAAUGGCUUUCAAAUGUAUUGUAGGAUAUUUUUUUUUCAAACAAUUGUGGAACAACUGAAUCAAAAUAAAUUAUACUCCAGCUUCAAUUUGAAACACUAGGAAUAAAUGACCAUUUAUGGUUCAACUGAUCUUUUCCUGUCAAAAGAAUUAUCUUACAUUCUGAUAUUCUUUGGUUUUGGACUAGUUGAUUACAAGUUUCUCAAUUUUUUGAUGCUUAAUAAUAAAAUUCUCUUAAAAUUGUAACAUACCAUAUUAAAAUAAAUUUGUAUAACUUCCCAUUUCAUCCAAAUAUGCUUAAAUAAUUUCUAUUCUUCCCAUUAUUUUAGUAAUGCUUGAAAAAGUAGGAAAGUAGAAAGUGUAGAUCAUUUUAAUAAAUUUUAACUUAUAUUUCAUCUUUUUAAACUCUGAUAUAUAAGCAAGUAGAAUCAUGUUAAAUGAUUUAAAUUAUACAAUUGUUAACUUUAUUUAUCUGAUACUGUUUCUUCAAGCUGAUAUUGAAUGUGUCACAAAAUUUUACAUGUAGAAACUAAUUUGGGGCAUUUUGAAUAAAAGUUCAUUUAAUUUAAAAAUGUUAAAAUUUCUCUUGACAGUAAAAUAAUCUUAAAGACAUUGUAUAGGUAGUAAGGACCUAACAUUAUUUCCUUUAAGAAAGUCCUGGUUGUAUGCCAAAAUUAAGUCAUUGGAAGAACUUAGUUUGAAUUAAGUUUAGACUAAGAUGAUUUAAAUAUGAAUCCUAAAAUAUUUUUCUAAAUGUAUAAUUGGAUAAAAACACUAUACUAUAGAAAGUUAUAAGAAGGCAUAUACUGAAUGUUGAGGUAUACAUACACACAGUUUCUUUUCAUCCUCACAGCAACCACAUGAGCAUUUAUUACUAUUCCGAUUUUACAAACUAGUGAACAAAAGCUAAAAGAAACUAGUUAAUAAUGUGCCCAGGGUUCACAUCUACUGAUAGACAAAGCUGUGAUUUUAGCCUAGGUUUACCUCCCCACAUCUCUUUAAUCCACAUUACACUGCCUGUAGGCUGUGUGACAGGAUGUGGAUAUAAUAACAUUUGGUAAGAAACUCAGUUAUUAUACUCCAGCACAGUUGUCUGUACAUAGCCGAACCAGAUACCUUAAUAAUUUUAAUAGUUACACUAACAAAAUGUCUAUGUUCAGUAUUGCUUAAGAAACAAUUACUAACUCAGAUAAAAUUCAAUCUGCAUCUGCCAUCAUGAAUCUUAAAUUCAUUUCACCUAGCUCCUAACCUUGUACUGCAGAAGGAAAGGUAAAGUAAAUUUAAUGAAAGAGUAAAGGUAGGUAGGUGCAGAGUUGAGUGGUUCCAUACUAGAUUUGGGAAAAGUAAAUUAACAUAAAAGUUCAAUCUUCUUAAUCCUCGAUGAGCCCAUCUUCAAAAUUUCUUCUCUUAGGAAUGUUAAAAAUGUGUUAAACCACAGAAUUAAUUACAAUAUAAGAUACAAGGAUAAUGUCCUUUUGAGAAGAUAAUUUUAUAUAGCUUCAUGACAUGUAUCUACUUAUUCCAGAAACUAUUGGUUCUGAGCAUGCAAGUAGAGAGGAAGCAUGUAGUCUUUCAGUUGGAAUUCUCACAAAUUUUAACAGAUACUUGUAUUUAAAAUGUUUUCAAGUUUGGCUUCCAAAAGCCAAAUAGAAUACCCAAUAGGCUUUGGCUGCUAUACUGAACUUUUAGUUGCUGUACGUCUAUCUUGAAAGCCAUUUAAAAUGGAAAAGAUAUGUCAGUAAACUUUUGUUUCUUUUUGUUCAUAUGUAUGGGCAUGAAUAUUUCAUUGAGGGCCAUUAACUACUAGAACUUGAGUUACAUUAUGUUUCUUUUUGUAUCAUAUUUUGUAAAUUUAUGUUGAACUUGUUACCAGUCAUAUAUAUGUUAUUACAUAACUUCCUAGAUACUUUUAUAUAUAUCCUUACCUUCUUAAUACCUUAAAAAACUCUGUACACAUACUAGUUGAUUUCCUAGUUGAGUUUUUCUAGAAAUUGUGUACCACCCCCACAUAUACCCCAUUAGUCUCUUCUAGACCAGGACCAUUCUAAAUAUUCAGAUGCCUCAGUAUGUUUACUUUCAGCAGAUGAAGUUGCAUCUUAACUUUUAGACUAUGAGCAACAUAAGCUUUGUUCAAAACUACCUUACGUGAUCCCCUCCUGUCUGUCAAUGCUCACUGAUGUGUAAAUCUGGUAAGUCACUAUUUGAACUACUUCCACAGAAGUUAUGGUGGAAAGAAGGCUUUUCUACAGGUUUUCAUAUUAACACUCAAAAGGAAAUCCCAGCAUGCCCAGGAGGUGGUAGCACCCACUCAUCACUCUUCUUCAGUUCCCUCAGUUUAUAGCUGACUGUCUGUCAUCCAACUAUCUAACUUGCAAUUUGUGUCAGUAAAGUUUUCUUCAUAUCUGUUCUCUGUCUUGUUUCAUUUAAGUCUAUUUCUUUACCUACGUGGAAAAUAGAGAAUGAAUGGCCACCUUCUCCCUAAGUUCUGCAGUAUACUUCAGGCUUCUCAGUUGCCAUCUGAGUUCAUCAGAUAAAGUAGUUUCAGUUCCUUUAUCUUUUCCUCCUCAGAUCAAUUUUAAUGACUUUAUUUUAUAUUUAAGAACACAUAAAACUAUAUACUAUGUUAUAUUCAAAUUAAUUACUCCAGUUAUAGUACAAUAGUUUCAUAGACUCGAGAGUUAAGAUGUUAUUAUUUGGCAUUAGAUUCAACCAUCAGACCACCAGAAAAUAAGCACUUAAUUUUUGUAUUAACUAACAUUAAAUUGUGUUUCAUGAUCUUAUGUUUUCAUUAGUUAUAACUAAAGCCAUGUAUACAUAAUUAUGUCUCAUUUUGCCAUUAAAUUUUUUAGUCUUUAUUUCAAUGACCUUAGUGUUGAUUGAACCACAGUGUUUUACAUUUUUCUCAAUUACUGUGUUAAACCCUAAAAGCAAGAUUAACUCUCAAAGACAAAUCCUAAAAAAGACAAGGUAGAUGGGCGUGGUGUGCACGUCUUUAAUCCCAGCACUUGGAAGGCAGAGGUAGAAAGAUCCCCAUGAGUUUGAGGCCACCAUGAGAAUACAUAGUGAAUUCCAGAUCAGCCUGAGCUAGAGUAAGACCCUACAUCGAAAAACCAAAAUAAAUAAAUAAAUACAAACAAAAAAAAGGUAUUAUCAAUUAAUAUUUUUGUAGACCACUUUUGAAAUGCUUGACAUUGUUUUGCAACAUAGAUUGGACUAUAACAUUUUCAUUUAACUUUUAAGUGAUUAAAGUUGGCUGGUAGAUACAUUUGAAUGUAAAUACUUAAGAAGGGCUGGGAAUAUAUCCUAAUUGGUAGAGUACCUGCCUAGCAUUCAUGGAACCCUGGCUUCAAUUCCUGGUGCCACAUAAAACUGGGCAUUGAAGGCACAUGCCUGGACUCCAGCACUCGAGAGUGGGAGGCAGGAAGAUCAGAAGUUCAUGGUCAUCCUCAGCUACAUGGCAAGUUUGAGGCAAGCCUUGGCUACUUGGAACCUGUCUCCAAAAAAACUUAAGAAUUUAUACAGUAUAUUAAAAUUAUUCCUAAAAUAAAGCUAUCAUAUUAAUGUUGAUCAGAAAAAAAAAUUCAGAACUAAAUUACUUCACUUGGAUGCCCAGUUUAUGAUAACAUUUUUUUAGAAAACUUCUAUAUUUAAAAUUACAAUUGCCUUUUUUUUUUUUUAGUUUCAAAAGGCACAGUCUUCCCCAUUUUAUUUGUAUUUCAGAAACAUCUUCAUCUUUUAGAAUUACUAGACAAAAUAUUACUUAAAAACUCAGGGCCCCUUUCAUCCCUUCAUGCACUGAAAAAGUUCAGUUGGUAGCAGACAAGCAAUUAAAUGCAGUUGAAUAUUUUAAGCGUUUGUUACGCAAUUCACUUAAUGUUUCAUCUUAUUAUUUGACUUAAUUCAAAUGGAUAUAAUAUCUGGUUUCAUUAGUCAUAGAAAACUUGCCCCAUUGUAUAAUUACUGAAUAGAAGUGACUCAACUGACUGGCUGCAUGUUACAGCAAAUUUAGGCCUUGAAGUUACAGCACCAGCUUAAACACUUUCUGUUCUUUGAUUCUACGGCUGUACAUGAUGGGACAAAGUGCUUCAUUUUUUUUUUUUUUGUUUUUUUUUAAUGACAGGACUUAAGAAAGUAAUUCUGAGAUAGAAUUUCUUUAAGUGGUAAUUAGCAUUAUAAAACUUGCUUCUAAAAGUGAACUAAUGAGUCUAUAGCUUUAGUAAUAACUUGGGUGGCUUUGAGAAGGUAACCUAUGGUAACCUAUUUAUCACACUGUCAGAGCCAGUGUUUUCCUCUGAAUUAGACAAACUCAAGUUCUGAAUUGGUAUGCUGCAUGUCUAAAUCUUAGCCGUGAAGUUAUUUGUCACCAGUCUCUUGUCUCAGGCUCCUCACCUUGUUACCAGCCCUCUUCAGUAUGUAAAAGAAACAUAUUUUUAAAGAGGCUUGACCUUAAGAAAACUAAAUGACUAACAGAUGCAAUUCAGAUAUACUUAGGUUUUGAUUUAAUGUUGAAUUGCUUGACUUCCGUGGCUGUUUGUUUCCUGGUCACAUUUAUUUAUUGAAGCAAUUUUUGUAUACCUUUGUCAUUUCGUUUCCAUAGAAAGUAUAUUGUGUGUUUGUGUAAGCUGGAAUCAUCCUUAAUUUUCUGUUGAUAAUUUUUCAAAUGAAUAUACAUGGAUAACUGUAAAGUACACUAACUCUUCGGGUGUUGUAGCUGAAACAUGCAGAUGUGUAGCUGCCAUACUUUUUCUGAAUGGACAGGAGAAACAAGCUAGAGUACUCAUUUCUGAGGAUGUUUUUUUCUGGAAAAUGAAAGGCUGAAAAUAUUGGCACAUCCUCAGAGCCCUCUUUCUUGUUAACGGGUAUCUUUUGUUGGUGUGUUUUGCUCUUACCUUACAGAUAGAAUAUCGUAUAUGAAUUUAUGAAUAAUUUCAGUUAUUUUGCUUUUGUAUAAGCUGUCAGAGACCUUGCUAUGCUGUAUAAGUUGUGUUUGAUGGGUCAGUGUGAGUAUGAAAUAAAGCAAAUCACUUUUGUAUUAUCUAUGGAUGCCACUAUGAAAGCUGACAUUAAGCCACUAAAGAGUUUUCUAUGAAUAAGUGUAAGUAAAUGCUUUGAUAUAUAUAAACCUAAAUAAAAAAGAUUGUAUUGAGACAGAGACAUUGGAGAAGGAAAUUUUAAGACAGUUCUUUAGGUAUAAAAAGGCUUGCUGUAAAAUGGUGCGUUAUUCCAUUUAUUAAAGAUCAUAUUAAUGACAA